UUGCAGAGCGCCAUGAAACACACACAGACGCACACACGCUCAGGUUCACAUGCGCAUGUGGUCUAUGAGCAAAGGUGUCUGUCAACGUGUUCGUGUUUCACUAACUGCGCUCUCUUGAUCUGAUGGUGGACUUUGGACCUGAAGGAAAGGAAAGGCUGGAGGAGAGAAGAGAAGAGAAUAGACAACUCUUUAACAAGAAGGACAUGAAGAAUGGGAUAGAAAAAGCAAUAGGCAAACCAACGCUUCCAGCUGAGGAGACUAAUUGAAUGGACAUGGGCAAAGAGCGACUGUCCCUGGGACUGUUGCUGCGUUUGGGUAUUUUGUUCACCGCUGUGUGUGUGUGCGUUCAUGUUUACCUGGAGACAGGUUGGCGCAGAACACCUGAGCCCCUGGGACACACGUCAGCUUUGGGACAUCCCAUCCAGUCCAAUCGGCACUUGGGCAAACAAAGCAGAAGCAGGCAGGUGUCUGCAGAGGCAGAGGCGCAGGACAGGAGCAUGAAAAGGAGAAUCUCCUAUGUUCGAAAACUAAAGAAGGAGAGUCCAGCGAAGAAGCGAGAGGAAGACAGAGAGGUCCCCUCGACUCCCUGCUGCCCACCUCCCAGCCACCACAGAAAGACUCCUCGGUGGCACAUAGACCUGGAGCCGUGGGCCAGUGGGACUCAUUCUCUGGAGGAAGAAGCCAAAAGGUUCCUCAGCUACAUCACAACGCCACAAGUGACGUGUUCAUCGCUGGCCCGUGAGGAAACUGCUCAAGAGGGGUCCAGAGGUGCCUGGGCCGUGUGCCUGGACCCCGAGUACAGCCUGACCCACAGGAUACGAAGCAAACACUGCAGGAUCUACUCUUUUGGGUUGGGGGUGGAUGACCGGUCACUGGAGCGUUCCCUCGCCAGGUCAGGAUGCGAGGUCCACUGCUUCGAUCCCAGCCUGAAGCAGCCUCACCUGCAGCAGGAUGAAAUGUGGCUCCAUCGGCUCUCCGUAGACUGGAGGGAUCCCAACCCUGCCGUCGUCGCCCAGCAUCAGCACGCCAGCACGAAGAAACUGGCCACCAUCCUUAAUGACUUUGGACACAGACAGGUGGAUGUACUUAAGGCAGAUAUGGAGAGCGCAGAGUGGAAGAUUUUGGAGAAUCUGGUUCUGGAAGGAGUUCUUCACUCCGUGGGUCAGAUGCUGCUGGAGGUUCACCUGCACUGGGCUGGUUUCGAGGUGGGCGGCGACGACCCGUCCGUAGUGCGGUACUGGUUCAGCCUGCUCAAAGAGCUGGAACGGGCCAACUUCCGCCUCUUCCACGUCCACAGUGACCCAACCAAACCGCACCUCUUCCUGCAUAAGAACAUCCUCAACGCGAGCAGUGCUUACACCCUGAGCUGGGUGAACACACAGUGGAAGCCCUGAGGGAUGCCAUACUGACAGAAAUCCCAAAAACUUGGCUGGAACGGCCGCGGAACUGAUAUACAAGUUUGUGUGACAUGCAAUUCUCAAUGUGAGCACCCAUUCUUGUUAGAGCAUGCCUGUUCUCCAGACUGUUCUUAUCUGACUUGACCUUUUUGUAAAGCUAAAAUCCUUGCUCCCACUUAUCCUCCUGCUCUCCGUCUCCUGGCCUGUAUUGACCUCAGUCGUCUAGAGGGGCAGAGUAAUUGCCUCCAGAAAGGCUCUGUGUUCUACCUCAUAGUGGCUCAUGUUGUUGGCUGCAAGUCAGCCUCUGAGUCACACUCGCACAUAUCAUUGUGGUACUAUCUGGACUCAGCCCACAGCCAGGCCGUCCUCCCUGAUAUUAGUCAACCUUUCCGAAUCGCGCAAGUCUAUACAGACCCAGAAACAGCAGCCCGCACAGCAGUACAUGAAUUAAUACAUGAAGCCAAAUGCAGAAAAUAGAUGGGAUCUGCUCUGGAGGGGGGAGAAGAUAACUGCCUGGGCGGAUGGACACUUCCCUGCAGAUGAAACCUGUACGAGUGUCUGGGACAUAAAAUGUGGCACUAAUUUGAAUAACAGCACAAAUACACUGUCAAGACUUGUACACAGUGAUCGUGUUGGAUAUUUGAAUGAGGAUGUCCGACCAAGAACGGGGGGGGGGGGGGGGGGCUGAAAUGAAAAGGUAAACUCCAACUACUUUCUUUUUUUUACUCCUCAACCUGUGCUGCACCAGAAAACCAUCAACACAAAAAAAAAGAUCCAACUCAAGUAACUUGCCAAAUAUUUUGUUGCAAUUCAAUAAAGCAAUAAACAAA